AAUUAAUUUAACCUUUCUUUAUUUCCUGAAAUAGAAUGAGGGAUCAAUGAAGUUUUCUCUCUAUCUUUCUACAAACAGGGAAACUAUAUGUUUGGAAAGAAACAGGCAUUGAUUUAUGUAUAUAUUAUCAAGAAGAUGGUGAGCAAAUAUUAAACAAAAUUGUGUUGAGAUACACUCAGAUGUUUUUGAAUGCUUUCAAGAAAACUCUUUGGAAACUCUUUUAAAAAAACUUUUUUAAAAGAAUGAUUGCAUUGUGCAGAAUCUACUGUAUCUCCAACAAGUUACUGUUUAGGUUGUAAACCCAUUGUGGUGAUAAUGUUUUUUAUUUCUUUAGUGGUGCCAAUACAAUUCAAUGUUCAAUCUUAAUCUAAUCAGUCAGCUUUAUUUGACCAAUAGAAUCAAACCAUCUGUGCAGUCACCCCUCUGUCAGCCAUAAUAAAAACCAGAACCUGUUACUAGUUUCUUUCACAUUCCUAAACCGACAGUGAAGAUUCAGAUCAGCUCAGACAAUGGUCACCAUGAGGUUUCUUCUCCUCUUCACCCUGGCUCUGGGAGCUGCAUCAGCAUCAAACUCAUCAGCUUCAAGCGAACCUGUGAACAUACUGCAGCGUGGAGGCUGUCCAUUGUUCUGGUUCAGCUUCAACAGCAGAUGCUACAAGUACGUGUCUACACAUCUGGCCUGGGCUGAUGCAGAGCUGUACUGUGUUUCAGAGGGAGCCAACCUGGUGUCCAUACACAGUACUGAGGAACAAUCGUUUGUGAGAAGUUUGGUUCAAAACUUUGAUCAUGCUGAGGGAUGGACCUGGAUUGGAUUCAGUGACAUUCACAAAGAAGGAAGCUGGAUGUGGUCUGAUGGCUGUCCAGCUAAAUUUCUCGGCUGGUCUACAGGAGAGCCAAAUAAUGGCGGAGGGAUUGAAAACUGUGGACAUACUAAUUUUGGAACAGCUAAGAACUGGAAUGAUUACCCAUGUCACUACAAAUUUCCCUCCUUGUGUGCAACCCGUCUGGCCAGCUGUCCUUAGGAAGCUGAUCUGCAAUGUACGCAAGUCUGCAAAGAAAAUACAGAUGUGUAAUUCUGAAACUAACUUGAUUUCAGAUUUUCAUAUGAAUAAACACUUCUGAUUUUAAACUACAAAGUGGUUCUUGUUUCAUGUGUCUGAGUUCAAGAUAAAAGUGUAAUAUUGUAAAGACCCUAACA